AUAACUGGCCGGGACAGCCCCACCUCCUUUCUGCUUUCUCUCUCUUCCCUUCCCUUCCCUUUCCCCCUUUUCACCCCUCUUUGCUCCCUCCCACCCGCCUGCCCGGGACCCCCCCAAUGCUGGCAGUGCCCGGCUGUGCCCGUGGCCACCGUCCUGCCCCGCGGGCCACCAGAGCCCGGCGAGCCACGAGCCCCCGGAAUGGGGCCCGCUGAGGAGCUGGUCCGGAUUGCCAAGAAACUGGAUAAGAUGGUGGCGAGGAAGAGCACGCUCCUCAAGGGCCCCCGUGGCUUCUCCCUGCUCUAGGAGGGGGCGCUGGAUCUGCUCAAAUCCCUCACCGGUUACACCAUGACCAUCCAGCUGCUCCAGACCACACGGAUCGGGGUGGCCGUGAACUCGGUGAGGAAGCACUGCUCCGAUGAAGAAGUGGUGGCCUCGGCCAAAAUCCUCAUCAAGAACUGGAAGCGGCUUCUGGAGUCCACCACCCCAAAGAAGGAGAAGGACACGGAUGGGAAGAAGGAGAAGGACUCGGAUGGGGACAGGGACAAGAAGAAGGGGCUGGAUGUUUCCAGCUGCCCCAGUGAAGGGGUGAAGCACCCCAAGAACCCAGCUGAGAAGCACAAGGAGAAGCACAAGGAGAGGAAGCCCAGCAAAUCCAGCUCUCAUGCUGCCACCACCCAGGGCCACUCUGCCAACUCCAACCCAGAGAGAGAGUCCAGUGACAGCCGGAGCCCCACUGCGUCCUCCAAGAAGCCACCUCUGGAUGGCAAGAAAGAGAGGAGGGACUCUGCUGACUCCAGGUCCUCCACCACCUCGGCCGCCUCCUCCUCUUCCUCCCCACAGAAGAGGCUCUCGGGGGAGAGGAGAGCCUCUGUGGGCUCCAGCCCCUCUCCAGCUCCCACAGGCUCACGGAGAAACUCCAGUGACAGCAAGGAGGAAAGAGCCAACAGCAGCAAGGGCAAACCAGAGACACCACGGACCCCCACCAGCCCCUCCUUCUCUCCCAGCCCCUGUUUCCUGGCCCCCUGUUACCUGACAGGGGAUUCCGUGCGGGACAAGUGCAUCGAGAUGCUGACGGCCGCGCUCCGUAUGGAUGAUGACUACAAGGAGUUCGGUGUCAACUGUGAGAAGAUGGCAUCGGAGAUUGAAGACCAUAUCUUCCAGGAGCUGAAGAGCACGGACAUGAAGUAUCGCAACCGGGUGCGGAGCAGGAUCAGCAACCUGAAGGACCCCAAGAACCCCGGGCUGAGGAGGAACGUGCUGUGUGGGGCCAUCGAGCCCGCCCUCAUCGCCCGCAUGACCGCCGAGGAGAUGGCCAGCGAUGAGCUGAAGCAGCUGCGGAAUGCCAUGACCCAGGAGGCCAUCCGGGAGCACCAGAUGGCCAAGACAGGCGGCACCGUCACCGACCUCUUCCAGUGCGGCAAGUGCAAGAAGAAGAACUGCACCUACAACCAGGUGCAGACACGCAGUGCUGAUGAGCCCAUGACGACAUUCGUGCUGUGCAACGAGUGUGGGAACCGCUGGAAGUUCUGCUGACGGUGCCGCUGAUGGGGCUGGAGGGAACGUGGUGCGAGAUGAGAUGCUGUGGUGGCCAUCACAUGUGGGGAGAAGGGUGACAGGGUGGCACCAGUCCCUACACCCUGGCUCCCUGAUUCCUUGCACUGGGCUCCCUCAAACAUCCCAGGCAACCAGGCUCCAGCAAAGUCUGUUUUGCUCGAGAAGGUCCCAGUGAAUUCAAUGGUUCCUCCCUGUAAAUCCCUGCCCUUUGCUCGGGUUGAGCUGGGAUCCCACUGGGAACAGGCUCAUCCCUGGAUAGAGUGACUGGUAUGACCUGGGCAGCGUGCCCUUCCCUGUGGGAAACCUGGACUUGGAUGAUUUGGGGGCAGGAGGAAUGUCAUCCCAUGGAUGUGGGGCUGUGCCCGGGGUUGGGAGUGGGUCAGGUUUUAACCCAAACACCUUCUUCCUCACCUGAACACUUGGAGGGAGGGCAUGGAGGGGACGGGGUGGUUGCAGGGUGUCUGGAUGCUCUCGGGAUGCCACCGUGUCCCUCUAUACUGAAACACAAGGACAAUCCAUCCUGGCUUGAGGGCACUGUGUCCCAGGGAAGAAGGAGGGAUGGCGGGGAGAGGAGUGAUGAAAAACCCUCCAGCCAAAACAAUAAAGGUGUAUCUGUCUCUGA